CAUAGGACAACAUUGUGGAUGGCGCCGGAGCAAGCCAGAUGGAAGAGGAUAGUGUCAGCCAUGUUGAAGACAAAAGACCAUGUCCAUUCUUAGCAUCUUAUCUGUCUUCUGUCCAGCAGUCUGACCAUUUUUUAUUAAAAUUACAACAUGGGACACUAUCUCCAGAUCCUGACAUCAAUGGUGCUAACAAAUUGGUGCAUUACAAAAGUAAUUAUGGCAAAAAGAUCUGGAGUGGUAACAUGGAGAAACUUUCAACAACUAGUCAUGAACAGGACAAUGCAGGACUUUCCAAAAGCAUGCAAAAUGGAACAAAGCGCACUUUCAGUGAACCAUUGUUGCCUGAGCUUGAAAAGGGAAAGAAAUCAAGACCAGAUGAGAUCGUAAAUGGACAAGAAAGCAAGUUUCAAGCAAAUGGCAGCCAGACAGAGGAAUACGGAGCAAAUCAGUGCAUGGAGGUCAACAGGCAAGCAAGUCAAUUAUCACACUUGAAAAAUGAUCAGAGUUUUAAUUUAAGGGGAUCAGAUCAUGCUGGUUUACAGACUCAGAAUGUCUACAAACUAGAUAAGAAAAAUGCUACCUGUCACAACGGGGAUGUUUUUUCAAAGAAGCUGUCAGUUUUUAAUGGUGCUACAGGCAAUGCCUCUUCCUUGGUAAAUAUGCGUGGUGAUCUGCUAGAGAAAACUCUCUCUCAGUAUUGCCCAGACCAAGUGUCUAUUGCAAAGAAAGGACACACAUCUCAUAUAAAUAAUGUUGACAGACAAAUAAUUAAACAGCUGUCCCAUGGUGCAGUCCUUUCAGCCCAUCCCUCAGAGUUAACCAUUUCCACUCAGAGCAGUUUGUCUGCAGUGUUUCAAGAACCACUAACAACAACUUCCAAAAUCAACAAUACACAAAAUAACAGCAUGACUGCAGGUGAGUUACAGUUAAGUCCACAACUGUUUCAGGCACAACAACAACAGCUACAACAGCAGCAGCAACAAGAUGACCAGCAGCUAAGGUUUGGCAUGAUUUUAACAAAUGGCCACAAUUUGAAAGAUAAUAUGACUCAGUCACCCCGUGGAAACUCUUCAGUAAAACCUAGCAAUGAUAUGCAUGCUUCAAGUAGCAGUAAUGAAUGUUUUACCAAACAAUCAGAUUUGCAAGAUAGUUUUUUCAAUCAAAGUAGUAGUCUCAAAGAAGAGCUCUACACCACCUCAUUGACGUCAUGUGGCAGACCUCAUAGCACUGGCCUCACAAAAGUAAUGCACUUUUACCCCAGUUCUAAUAACAUUCAUCAAGGUGAACCAUCCAUGAAGCCUCCUAUGUCAGCAAGUUUUCCUGCACUAUCUCAGUCACAAAAUGUGCAGGACAGAUUGUCAUAUCCAUCUGAAUUUCAUCAAGCAGCAGUUAAUGAGAACGGCUUGCAGUCAACUCUCUCACCACAUAAUCAGCAGCAUGAGGGAGUGAAACAAACUUCUCAGCAGCUCGCUCAUGACCUGCAGCCUCCUACAGGUUUACAUUAUCUGGCACAUACUCAACAACAAAGUUCAAAGCGUAACUUGAUGACACAGUUCAGCAAGCAGACGUCAGAAAUUCAAGACAAGACACACACACUCCCUUAUGGAGAGAAGGAAAUGGACAGUAUGUCCAAAACAGGAUCCUUCACUAAACAGAGCUGGAUAGCGUUAAACUGUACUGGAUCUCCGCAAAGUAUUUGUGCUAACAAGAACAAUGCAUCGCUGUUAAAAUCCUUUCAUCAUUUGCAGUCAGGUGACUCAGAACCUGAAGAAAAGCAGAAGCACCUGUAUACCUCAAACCCCAAUUCAGAAACCUGCAUACAGAUGCAGUCAUAUAAUCAGGACAUACCCCACUUAAAUGAAACUAAUCUGGCACACAGCUCUCAGAUGCAUUCCCUCUAUGUACAGCAGAUUCAGGAAAAUCCUGAGGUACAGUCUUAUGUGCCCCAGGGUUCUCAUUUUCAGGUUAGUAUGGAAUCAGAGAAUGAACAAAACUCUAAUCCCCAGAUACAGCAGCACUUAUUUCAGAAUCAUCACAGGACAGAAAGCAGUUUGCAAUUACACCACUUACAGCAAACAACACAACAGCAUCUUUGUGAAAACUCACCACAAUCAAGGGAACAUUCCAAGCAGGAUUCAAAAGCAUUCAACAGAAAUAAUACCAUACCACUAGACAAAACAUCUGAAGCUCUUCAAUCUGACACAGAGAGACACGUUAACUGUAUUAGAAUGAACAGUGCACAUACACUAUCUGCCCACUUUGAGCGACAUACCCCACAAAUGGAUCAAGACCAAGUCCAGAAUGCACUUAGAACAAAUUCAGCACAUGAAACUCCAGAAAGUCAAACACAGAAAUUUCAACACAGCAGUGCACAUUUUACAUCAGAUGAAAAAGAAAAAGCUGUAAACCAUAACUCCCCACCAUACCCAAAAGCAGUGAGGUAUACUCACAUUCCUCCAUGCCCAUCCACUGUAGGCUCUAAACAACUGCAAUCACAUCUUCAAAAAUGGGAGCUGCAAUCAGAGCUAACUUUAUCUUCACAAGCAGCACAGCAAAGGCAGAAAUUAAGCGAUUCAAGCAAAGAGUCUGUUCAGUGUACUGUUCUGCAGACAGAUCACCAGUUACCACCUCCAUACCUGCAAAGCCAGCAGUCAUGCAACCAACAAGGACAGCAAAGGGAUUGGAAGGAGACUGAAAAACAUGCUGCACUAAAGUGGUACCUUAUGCAAAAACAGCAGCAGCAAAUGCACAACCCAAAAUCCAUGGAUUCUGUUCACACAUCCCAGCCACUAAUAAGAGAUGUUAAUUCCCAGUCAGAUGCAGGACUGUUGCCACCAAUCAGCCAAUCAGAAACCAAGUUUUUAAAGAAGGCAAUUAAAACAGAGACUCCAUCUUAUGAGUGUGUAAAUGAUCGCCCAAAGAGCAUCAUAGAGACAAUGGAGGAACAUUUAAAUCAAAUUCAGAUAUCACCACUCUUUGAUCGACAUUCACAAGUGCUAAGGUCCCCUAUGCAUGUAAAGGUUGAAUCUUCUGGCCCGGUUACAGUUUUAUCAUCAAAUCUUAAGAGCAAAGAAGAUAAUGGCAGUGUUCCGCCUUCAGUGAUACAAGCAAUUUCCGCAUCUACAAGAACACCAACAAAGAAAUUAGCAACGUCUGCUCUUAGUAACUUUUUAGAGUCACCUUCAAAGUUACUGGAUACACCUAUCAAAAACUUAUUGGAUACUCCCCUUAAAACUCAGUAUGAAUUUCCAUCUUGCAGCUGUGUAGAACAGAUCAUUGAGAAAGAUGAAGGUCCUUAUUAUACACACUUAGGAGCUGGUCCAAAUGUACAAGCUAUCAGAGAAAUGAUGGAGAACAGAUAUGGCCAAAAGGGUAAAGCAAUAAGGAUUGAGAGGCUUACCUACACAGGAAAGGAAGGCAAAAGCUCUCAGGGAUGCCCUAUUGCAAAAUGGGUCAUUCGCAGAAGUAGUGAAGAAGAAAAGUUACUUUGUUUGGUGCGUGAACGACAAAAUCAUUCAUGUGAGACAGCAGUCAUAGUUAUCUUCAUCCUGAUAUGGGAUGGCAUUCCUCAGUCCCUGGCAGAUCAAUUGUAUGGGGAGCUUAAAGAUACGCUAUGGAAAUGUGGAGUCCUUACAAAUCGCCGAUGUGCAUUAAAUGAAGAACGUACCUGUGCUUGUCAAGGGCUGGACCCUGAGACUUGUGGGGCAUCCUUUUCAUUUGGCUGCUCCUGGAGUAUGUACUACAAUGGAUGUAAAUUUGCCCGAAGUAAAGUUCCAAGAAAGUUCAAGUUGCUUGGUGAUGAUCCAAAAGCAGAAGAAAGGCUAGAGCAGAACUUUCAAAACCUUGCAGAUCUGAUGGCACCCACUUACAAGAAACUGGCACCAGAUGCCUAUAACAACCAGAUUCAGUUUGAGCACAGAGCACCAGACUGUCGUUUGGGUACAAAGGAAGGCCGUCCAUUCUCAGGUGUUACUGCUUGCUUGGACUUCUGUGCACAUGCACACAGGGAUCUGCACAACAUGCAAAAUGGGAGCACUUUGGUAUGUACAUUAACAAGAGAAGACAAUCGAGAAAGUGGUAAAAUUCCAGAAGAAGAACAACUUCACGUGUUGCCUUUGUAUCGAAUUUCCUCUGUGGAUGAGAACGGAAGCAAAGCGGGUCAAGAGGAAAAGUUCAGGAAUGGUUCGAUCCAAGUUCUUACAUCUUUUCGUUGUAAAGUAAGAAAGUUGCCUGAGCCUGCUAAGACAUGUCGGCAGAAGAAAUAUGAAUCAAAAAAAGCACUGGCAGAAAAGAACGCCCAACAAGAGAAUAUUUCUUGCAAAACAGAAAAGGAUAAAUCUGGCUCAGUGAAGAACAAACACUCUAAUUCGGAGAAUACCACUCCAGAAAAGAAGCCAGAUACUUCAAGUAGUACUUUGGAGUUCCAACACUUUUCCAACAAUCGUCAUCCAGUUUCUGAAAUUUCUUACCCAAGGUCAAAACCACCUUCAAAUUUUUAUUUAAGAUUUCCUAACUCAGCACAUCCAGAUCCGGUUUCAUCUCAUUCUGUGAAUUCUUACCCAGGAUCUUCAGCACAGACUAAUGCCUACAACAAUUUGUCUUAUUUAAACCAAGCCAAUUCACUGACUGCUUAUACAGGAUCCCUGAAUCACAGUACUCCAUAUGCAGAAUACCAGUUUAAUGGAAACAUGACUACUGACAAUUGUCCUCCAUAUAUAGGCCCCUAUCUUCCUCACUCCCAGCACUUAGACAUGUAUCAUUACCCAAGUCAUAACGCACUAAAUAAGCUGGGACUUCCACCGUUUCAUACAGUGUGUCGACAACAGUAUGAUGGUGGGCAAGUAUAUGACCCCAGAUAUUUUAGUUAUCUAGGUCAAAAUGCACAAGUUGAUGGUUACAGUGGCUACAGCAUGAGACCUAAUAUUCCCCAGAUUGGAUCGUAUCCUCCAUUUGGUCAUGUCCAUCAGCCUGAACCUCAUUUUAUGGAAGCUGCUUCUAGUCUAACAUCAAUGUUAGACCAUUCAAGUCUAGACUAUGCAUCUAUGAGCAAAGGUAACCACUAUUAUCAACAUCACAACCCAUAUCUACUUCAUGAACAUAAUCCAUCCUCAUCUGUUUUUAGCAACAACCAAAGCCAUCUCCCACUACAAAAUAAAGAAAGUGAAUUGAAUCUGUUCCCAGUUAAUGGUAUUUCAAGAAUCCUUCCAUCUUUUAACCAUGAGAGAUCUGAUCAUCUCCAAGGACAAAUAAAUGCAACAACAAAUCUUAAUGUUCAGGGCAGACUGCCACAAGUGUUUGAACAAAAUGGAUCAUCUACAAAGGAAGAUACAGAUGAUGUCUGGUCAGACAAUGAACAUAACUUCCUGGAUCCUGAAAUUGGUGGUGUAGCUAUAGCACCAUCUCAUGGUUCAAUUCUCAUUGAAUGUGCAAAGAAAGAAUUGCAUGCAACAACACCAUUGAAAGAUCCAGACAGAAGACAUCCAACCAGGAUAUCACUUGUGUUUUACCAGCACAAGAGUAUGAAUGAACCAAAACAUGGGUUGGCUCUUUGGGAAGCAAAAAUGGCAGAAAGGGCCAGAGAAAGAGAGGAAGAAUGUGAAAAAUAUGGUCCAGACUAUGUGCCUGCUAAAUCAUAUGGUAAAAAGGUAAAGAGAGAGCCUAGUGAGUCACAUGACCAUUCUGAACCAACAUCUAUGCGUUUUAUAAAGUCUAUUACACAAAGGACUAUAUCUGGUACCACUGACUCCUUAGUUAAUACAGCUACAUAUGCCUUUACACGGGUUACAGGGCCUUACAACAAAUGCAUUUGAGUAUACUUCUGGUUACCUCAUUAAUAUAAACUUAACUGAAUAGGGUAGUUGUACUAUGGCAAAUGAGGAGUGCAGUAUUCAGUUCCAAAAUGGUGCACACAAUGACCUCAGCACACCAGCAAGGUUAAGAUAACCUCGCUUUUGAAAAUACUUCUAUUAAAAGUGUUCAUAGAUGACAAAUAAGGAACACAACCAAAGUGUGCUAUGCAAAGCAAGGUAUUCAAGAAUUUAUACAUGUACCUGUUACUUUUUCAUGUAGAAAUAAUCUAAAAUUGUAACAUUUAACACAAAAGCACAUCUGUGACCUCUUUUAAUGUUGAAUUUCUUCUAUACCUCUUGCUGAGGGUGCAAGACAAUUCUGAUCCACUAAUACCUAGCAUCUUACUGUAUAAUCUGGUGCUAAUCAUCUCAUGUAUUGAAACGGUGGAAUUAGAGUUUUCCAAUUUUGUAAUGAUUUUGAAGUAAUUGCAUUUUGGAAAACUGCACUAGAUUUUGUGUAAACACACACAAAAAUGCAUAUACACACACACACAC